GCUGGUGAGGUUGUCAAGUACGGAUUCAGUGUGAGAGAACGGCACACGGAGCUUGAGACUCACAGGAACACUCACACGCACACGCAGGAACAGUCAGGGACGGAGAGUGGACGCUUGUAGCCGGACACUGGAGCUCAUUGACCGCCUCUUUUCAGUAUUGUUCCUGACCGUAACAACAAGAAGAUGCCACUGGGUGAAGAGUGCCAUGCGUGGAAGAAGAAGACCACGGACGUGAAGGAGAAGUAUGACUUCAAAGAAAUCCUGGGAACGGGAGCGUUCUCUGAGGUGGUCCUGGCCGAGGAGAAGAGGACCCAGAAGUUGGUGGCUAUCAAGUGUAUCCCCAAGAAGGCGUUAGAGGGCAAAGAGAACAGCAUUGAGAAUGAGAUAGCAGUCCUGCACAAGAUUAAACAUGCCAACAUCGUGUCUCUGGAGGACAUAUUUGAGAGUAAAUCACACCUCUACCUUGUCAUGGAGCUGGUAUCUGGUGGGGAACUCUUUGACCGCAUCAUCGAGAAGGGCUUCUACACAGAGAAAGACGCCAGUAAGCUCAUUCAGCAGAUUCUAGAUGCUGUCAAAUAUCUCCACGACAUGGGCAUCGUACACCGUGACCUCAAGCCAGAGAAUCUUCUGUACUACAGCAUGGACGAAGACUCCAAAAUCAUGAUCAGCGACUUUGGUCUGUCUAAAAUUGAGGGCUCUGGUAGUGUGAUGUCGACAGCUUGUGGAACACCUGGAUAUGUUGCCCCAGAAGUGUUGGCUCAGAAACCCUACAGUAAAGCCGUGGACUGCUGGUCUAUUGGUGUCAUAUCUUAUAUUCUUUUGUGCGGUUACCCUCCUUUCUAUGACGAGAGCGACGCCAAACUGUUUGAGCAGAUCCUGAAGGCAGAGUAUGAGUUUGACUCUCCGUACUGGGACGAUAUCUCUGACUCAGCGAAAGACUUUAUUGUCCACCUGAUGGCGAAAGACCCCAAUCAACGUUACACGUGUGAUCAGGCUCUGCAGCAUCCAUGGAUUGCUGGAGACACGGCUCUGGACAAGAACAUCCACGAGUCUGUCUGUGCUCAGAUCAAAAAGAACUUUGCUAAAAGCAAGUGGAAGCAAGCGUUCAACGCCACAGUAGUGGUUCGUCACAUGAGGCGUCUGCAGCUCGGCACCAGCCACGAGGGACCCAACCCCAACCUGCCCAGUCCCUGCAGAGGUCACCUGCUGCUGCCAGAGGAAGACACAGAGGCGUGUUGUGAGGGCGGCUGCUCCCAGACAGUGGACGGCGGCGCCGCCGACUCUUUGACCAACUGCAGCUACCGCUGCCACCCGACCAGCAGGGUGUGACCCCAGCAGCUGCUUCUCUCGCCCAUCCAAUAGUUCCCAACGACUUUCCACUUUUAACCCCUUCCCCGAGGUGGAACCAGAGGCACCAUCUGCCCCACCCCCCCCCACCCCCCCAUCAUCUGGUCAGGAAUACAGCGUCAUUCCAACCUCUCGCCUACAGGGGGAGCGAGUCUGUCCUGCCUGAGAAGAAGAGGAAAGAAACUGGGUUUAAUUUUUGUUUAGUUUUUUAAAAAAGGAGGAGAAGGAGGGAGACUUGAUGACAGUGAUGAUGAUGAUGAUGAUGAAGAGGUGAUUUUUUUCAGACUGGGCUGGUGUGGGAGACGAUACAGAGGAGGGGAAGAUUUAAAUCUGGUUUGUCAGGUGAUUUGCUGCAGCAGGACAUAGCUCGUUGGACGUUCAUGAUUUUUUUUUUGUUUAUUGUUUAUAUUGUUAAAUAUUUUUUUUCUUGUGUUGUCUUUUUAACCUCCUACAAGUGGAGAAACAGUAGCUGCAUGAUCAGGAGCUAAUGCUUUCUUUUCUUUUUCUUUUACCUCAUGCAUGUAUUUGUUGUCACUAAAACUAGGGAUGGCUCGAUAUGAUACCGAUAUCACAAGCAACCAAUUCAGUCCGAUUUAUUACUUUUUAGCAAUGAACUUUUAAUUUAAAAAAAAAUAGUCCUGAUGCAUAUUAACCUCCCAGCUAUUUUAAAAAUAUAGUUCUCCAACUGUGUGGCAGUUUUAUUUACCUUUACAGAUUAUAUCGGAUUUGAUUUUUUUCCUUUUUCCGAUAUCAAAUCCAGUGAUUUUUGCCAAUAUCGGACCGAUACUAAAUGUCAUAUCGGCUCAUCCAGAGUUUAAAACAUCAAACAAGUGAAGACUGCAGAGUUAAUCCCGGGUUAAAGGCAGAUUAUACAGCUUGUUUAAUUCAAAUUGUGUCAUUUUACGGAACUGCAGUCACUCUUUAAGUCGUGCUUUUAGACAAUCAGUGACCUGAUAGUUUAUGCCAGUGUUUCCCAAAGACUGGUUUGCUACCCACAGAUGGGUCAUGCAAGUAUUUUUUUGGUCCCCAAACUAAUUUGCUUUUAAUUAAGAUUUAUUUGUAAAUGUUUUAAAUGAAAUUAUUUAUUAUUAUCAAAACAACUUUUGGAAAUGGUGAGGUGGUAAAAUAUGAUAUUAGGGUUUUUACAGAUAUGGCUGUAAAUGAUUUGCUCUUGUCUGGAUUUAUGCUCUGAUUUGGGUCACGAUAAUUUGUAAAAAAAAAAAGUGAGUCCUCAUAUAGAAAGUUUGGGAAACACUGGUUUAUGCAAUGAAAACUUCAUGUAUCUAUGAUGUAGCCUUUUCCUGUGGUGACGUAGUGUUUCCAUGUUGUGGUCAAGCUUUUAUGAAAGAGAAAGACUUUUCCCCCUUAAAAAAAACAACCCAAACCUUUUCAACCACUAGAGCACAGGGAUAUAUCUUUGUCUAAGGUGCCUUUAGGAUAUACAGUUUAUAUAUAUAUAAAAAUAUAUAUAGUACAAUGGUUUAUUUUCAGGUAGCUUCUGCAACAUUGUCUGUUUCUGCCGUGUUCUCGCAGCACAGACUCUUGUAUGUAUCACAUCUUCAGCUUUAAAAUGCAGUUUUGGGCUUUCUUUUUUAAUUUAUAUAUACUUUAAUCUCAGAAGAGAUGACAUCUGCCCUAAAUUCAAACCACAACAAAAGCAAAAAAAAACAACUUUAUCAAUGCAAAUUUAUUAUUUAAGAAAAAAAAUCAAUGUUUUUGUUGUUGUUUUCCCAGAAAUUAUUUUCUACAACUUUGUCUUGGGUAGAUCGGGUAAAUUGUGUGAUUAGAAAAAAAAAAUCAAAAUUAGACUAAAGUGAAUAUGCAUCAUCUUUGCAGCACACUUUACACUGAUGAACAUUUAUUUUACUUCAACUUAUGCAGAGACAAACACACAAGGCAGCGUUGGUACUACUUUUUAUGAAGAAUCUAAUUUUUUAAGUGGGUUUUUUUUUUGCAAAGAAAAGUGUCAAGAAACUACAUGUGAGGGCCACAUGUGAAUCAUGUUUUGGAAACUACAGAAUAAAAAAGCCAGAGUUUUUUCUGACAUUAAUCUAAUCUUUAUUUAUUUUUCAUUUUGUCUCCCCAAGAAAAUGCUUCACACGUGGCCCUGAGAAACAGAUUUAGAGAAGAUUUGUACGGAGCCUGUGUAGAGACUGUCGCUCCAUUCCAAAUUUGCCAUGAUUUAUUUUUGAAACUUAACUGCAAUUCUCUGCACGAGGUUCUUUGGUACUGAUGUGAUUUCAGGUGUGUUUGCAUGAUGUGGCUUGAAAUUUCUACGGACUACGGAUCCUUUGACUGCUCAGUAGUGUGCGUACAUGUCUUGUGAUGAUGUUAGAGGUGAGCGCUGCAGAAAGGAGGGUAUUUUUCUCUGUCUUUAAGAGGUUCAGAAUGAUAUCUUACAGACGUCGUAGGAGCAGCAAAGGUUGCUGUAACGUCUCAACAUGUCAAAACAAGUUCAGUGUGCUGCUUAAAACAAAAAAAAAAAGUAUUUUGGGACCUUUAUUCCGCAUUUCUAUUGGGCGGGUUAGUUGUUGUGUAUUUGGACAGUAAUGUAACUGGUGACUGCAAAGUGUAACGUGUAGUUAAACGAGUGUUUGUUCAGUAACGAGACACAGGCAAAGCUCACAAAUGGAGGCAUCCAUUGUUCUUUAAUAUAGGCAGACCGAUGAUUAAAGGUUCAGUGUGAGGAAUUAGUGACAUCUAAUGGUGAGACAGCAGAUAGCAACAAAUGGAGGUCUUUCCCAAGCGUGUCAGGGUACUAGCAUUGCUUGGUUUGUUCAUGUAUAUAAACCAUAUAUUAAAAAAAGGCAAAACACAUUUUAAAAGCCUUAAAAUUCCCAAUUUGAUGCGACCAGGCUCCUAUUGGAUGAUACAAGCUGUCACACACACUUAAUCGUCUAUUUUCCUUUAAAUGGGAACACAAUUUACAAAAAUGUACAUCAUGUUCUGUUGAAGAAGAUGUAAAACUAGUGAUUGAGAACUUUAAUUGCUCAGGGAAAUGUUUACUGACGAUAUAAAUCAAGUGAGAAUUAGAAGCUGAUUUUUUCCAUAGACAUCCAUUCAAACUGCUACUUUGUGCCACCAGCAGAGUCGCCCCCUGGUGGCUACUCAGUAUAUACUUACUUCAUGAUUUAGUUCUCCAAGGAAACUGCCUUUUUUUUUUAAAUACAGUCAAUGGGUACAUUUUAUUUCCUCAGGGUGACAAAUGUAACUAUUUGUUUUACACAGUGUAUGAUAGACAUGUCAUAGGAACUGAAGUUGAAAUUUAAAAUAUUACAGAUAAUACUUUUCAGUCCAGAAGACUACAUCAAGUCUGAGGUUGAAAAAUGUUAACGCAAAAAGCCUCCAUAAAACAAGGUCCUUGCCUAAAGCACAUGUUUUAAACCCUCCUAAAUAUUACACACUGGACCUUUAAUUCAUUUCCUGACUAUACUUUUACUUCAUCACCUCAAAUACAGACUCUUGGCCAUGGCUUUUUCUUUCUCACUUGCAUUACUUCUCCAGUAAUGCACUCAAAACAUGUAUUCUACAACAGCUGACGGUAAAAAUAAAUAAAUAAAUGGAAAUUGGAAAAUGGUAUUGGAAAAUAGAAGUUAAAUAAUUGGCUGUAAAUGUUUGAUUUUGCGUUGUUUGUUUUAUUUUUCACAUAGGCAAAGAACCAGGAAAUGGGAAAACUCCAGAUUUUUACAUUCCACUGCAAUGAAACGAGUAAUUAUGAACGACAAUAUAUAACCAUAUCCUGUUACCUCAGCGCUCAGCCACCUUCAUAGGAAAAUAGCAGGGGUAACAUAAGAAUUACAGUUGUGGGCAAGUUAUACCAACCUUUUCCACAAAGUUGCCUAACUGCAGGGUAUUUUAUGAUCAAUUUACAGCAUCUCAUUUAUGGAUUUUGCAGAGCAUCAGCCUAAAAGAAUGUGAUUAUUUAGUGUGAGGGCUUCUCCUUUUGAUUGCUUUAUUAACCACUUUUCAGAGGUUUACCAGUGUCUGGAAAGAUUUGUUGUACAAAUUAGUAUUUGUACCAUAAAUACAUUGCCUUUUAAUAAAUGCUGGUUUUGGGUUACUAUACCCACUGUAUGUGUGUACACAGACACAAUGCAUUGUGGGUUGUUGAAAAGUGAUUACUGCUCAGUGUGAAAGCCAGUGACUUGUGCUUGGAACAGAUUUGUAAGUGACACUUACAAUAAAGUCCCUGUCUAUGCAUCA